UGAGGAUUUUUUAUUCGGGUCUUUUUUUAACUGAUCAUUUUAAUAGAAAACUUUGUGCAUAUGAGAAGACUAUGAAUUUAAGUGCUUCGGCGAGCUGUGCUUAAACAUCUUGAGCAAAGCACAUGUAAGUAUGUUGUUUAAUCUAGGCAAACUGAGGUGAUAGUCAUCUUGGGACCGAGUAGAGAUUCAGAUUUACAUAAUGAUGAUAAAAGGAUUCGUCUAGAACCCAUACGUCGCGUACCUGAGGAAAAUGACCAUGAGUGGCAGUAAUCACACUGUGCGAUCUGUGCCACUGGAUCUUACCAACAAAACCAGAGAGCGUGGGAGCUGCGCGCAGACGGGAGACCAAGGUCGCCCUAGACCUACUCCAGAAAGACAGGUGGAAGCGGCGCACAAGUGCAGCAAUGGACACGGAAUUCUUCCAUCUGAACCACAGGACUGUUGUGAUGGAUCAGUUUCGCAGACUACUCAAACAGACGCUGUGGGUGACAGGGGAAAUAGGACGCGUGAGGGUCCCAAACAAACCCGACCCAUAACCCCUAACGCGAAGUGCAACAAUCAGACGAACGCUGCAGGAAAACCGGCAGUUUCCUCAUUUUCCAAACUUCCGCCAAGGAAACGUCCUUUCCCACUGGAUGUGGACCAUCACCACAGUGGUCCAAGAAAAGAUCCACCUAGCGUGGCUCCAAAAGUGUUGAAGAACCCCGAGGCACAAAUAGACACAGAUCCACAGCGGAUAUUUAGUACAUUUGGAGAUAACCCAAGCGUUAAUGACUCCCGGUUUGUGCCACACUUAACACCAUAUCCAGGUUGUCCAUAUAUCCAGUGGCCUCGGCAGCCUCCUCCACUGGAGAGCACAGAUCGGCUGCUGGCAGAUAUUGCUGAGGCAACACGUCAAGAUGAAGAUGGUGACAUGCCUCUUCACAUUGCUGUGGUCAAAGAGAACUGCCAAUUGGUCAGCUGGCUUAUUGAAAUAUAUCGACGGGCACACAAAGACCUGGACAUUUUCAAUAACCUAAGACAGAAAUGUCUGACGCCCCUUCACCUGGCUGUGCAGAAUGGAGAUAAAAAGUUGGCAAAAAUCUUAUUGAAGAACGGAUCUGAAAUCAAUGCUGGGGAUAAUAAGAGUGGUCGAAGUCCACUGGUUCAUGCUGUAGAAAACAACUUUACUGACAUGGUUAUCUUUCUGAUCGAGAGUGGGUGCGAUGUGAACACUCAGUCUUACAGUGGGAACACAGCGUUACACAGCGCCUGUGGCAGAGGUCAUAUAGAGAUUGUCAGGGUCUUGCUGAAAGAUGGAGCUGACAGUAGUCUGAAAAACAACCACAAUGACACUGCCAUCAUGGUUGCAAAAAACAAAAAGGUAUCUGAUGUGCUGCGUGGGAGAGGCACUCGCAGCUGCACUGUGAAAACUAGCAGUAACGGCUCUCUGUCCCCUGGCAGCUCCAACCAUUCUCCCCGAAUGACUCCCACUUUUCAGCGCAGUGCGUCACUUUCUCCUGUGACUCCAGUUUUACCGCGAAGUCAGUCAGCGGACAGCAUUUCAGAACGUCAGUCACCGAUGAACAGCAAUGAAAAAACACUGCAAACAUUGCCACUGACACACCAUAAUGUAGCAGUGGACAACAGGGCAGGCUACGGAAUGGCACUCCAUCAUUUCCCAUCAUAUCUGUUACCGUCUGGGUACGACCCACUGGGUAAGCCCACUGUCUCUCAUAUCCAGAGAAGGAUGCUAAUCGCAGAUUACCCUCUUUACUAUCCCACUGGUAUUCAAACAUCUCCAUAUUACUCAGAUGCACAGAUCAUCUUACUCCCCAGUUUCCCCGUGCCGGUCACAUAUGGCUCUCCUUCACAGGGGGCUGUUAGCCAAUCACGGCCGUCCAGUCGCAGCAGUGAGCAAUCAGACAUGUCUACUGUGAGUGUAAACAGUGAAGAAAGAGGUGUGAGUUGAUAUUAGAUAGAUGUUUAAGCAGCUGGACGUCUUAAAGGUAUAGAUCACCCAAAAAUGGAAAAUUCUGUCAUUAU